AUGGGCGAGGUUGCCGUCGCCGUGGAGGCGUUCCGGGAGCAGUUCGAUGCGGGGAUAGCGUCGCUCACGCCCGACGUCGCGACGCUGGCGACGACCUGGAAGCAGCAACAGAGGGUGAACGAGCUGUGCGAUCGCCUGUGCGCGCUCGUCCCCGCGCACGUGUGGUGCGACGCGCUGCUCGACGCGGGCGAGCGCCUGUUCGAACGAGGGCAGCACGAGCUCGCGCGACGCGCGUGCUUCGCGCGAGUCGCGGACGCGAACCUGCUGGAGGACGAGGACGAGCGAUGGAAGCGCGCGAAGGAGGACAGGGCGCGCGGCGUUGGUCCCACGGACAGGCGGCGCAUGCACGUCCUCGCGCUCUUCGGCCGAGCGCGAUGCGACGGCGCGAUGGACGCGGCGGACGACCCGCGCGUGCGCCAUCCGCAGACGCUCGAGCGAGCCAAACGCACGCUCGCCAACCUACGCGAGGCGACGCAGGAGGCGUACCGCGGCGACGAAUCGCUCUAUUGGCUCGUACACAACGGCACCGUGCACAUCCACGCGAUGUGCGAGCGUUUAAUGCGCAACGGACACUCGGCGCACGCCGUCGAGUCGCUCAUGUUCGCCGUCGCCUGUUUGGAAUCGCACGUCCUCCUCGCCGUCCCUCGAUACCUGGACUGGCGCGUCACGCUGGCGUGCGAGGUGUGCGCGGCGUACGACGACGUGGGUGACUGCGAUGCGCACGCGCGCGCCUUCAUCGCGAAGUGCGUCGAGCACGUGGACGACCUGCGGCAACUCGAGGCUCUCGACCCCGUGCCGCAGACGCCCGAGGUGGCGUCGCUCUACGCGAGCGCGGAACGAAGGUUCAGGGCGCUCAACGCGAGGUACGACGAGGCCAUCGUGGGCGACGCCGCGUCCGUCACGGCCGAGAUGGAGGCGACGGCGCUCGUGCCCGGGGACAAGGCCCGGUUCCUGAUGGCGCUCCUCGCCGACGCGAACGCGAGGAUUGUUAAACACGCGCCGCCCGUCGGGACGCGGCUGGCGGCGAUGGAGGCGGCGCGCGAGUGGCUCGCCCCGCUCGUGCAGUCGAUGACGACGGGACUGGAGCACGCCCGGGCGGUCCGCGCGGCGGCGGACGCGCUGAGGGAGAGGCGGGCGGCAGAGGCGGAGGCUGGGGUGUCGGGAAGGGAGACGUCGCCGCCCCCGGGCCACGACGACGAAGAGGAGAAGCCGGAUAAAGAGCCGGAUGAAGAGCCGGACGAGACGCCCGCGGAGGAGGGCGACGCGCCGCCGCCGAAUCCCACGCAACCCCCGCCGGACCUCGAGCCCGAGGCCAAGGAGGCGUACGACGCCGCCGUCGCCGAGCUCCCUCUCUCGCUACACGACGCGCUGAUGCGCCGCGCGUUUUGUUACGAAUCGUGGGAGACGUUCAAGGCGCUGCACGACUUGGCGACGUUGAGGCUCGUCGAGAUGGGCGCUUCGAGCGGAGGCGGCGACGGGGAGGAAAAGGAUGGAUCGUACGACGCGGACGCGCUUGCGCUGGCGCACGCGGCGGCGGUGCUGAAGGCUGUGCGGGUCCUGGAGGGUGGCGAAGAAUUUCCCGAGCCGGAGCCGGAGCCCGAGCCCGAAACCUCCGACGGGGAACCGCGCGAAACGGCCGAGGAAGAAGAGACGGAGGAGGAAAAGGCGCGAAAGGAUCCCAGGGUGAAGCUCGCCAUGACCCUGCGAAGCCUUCCCCGCGCCGCCGCGACGUCGUGCGCGGACGUCGUGACUGACGCCGCACUGCUCCUGUGGAACGGCGUCAAGGACACAUUCAAAGACUCGAGGCGGGAGACGACGGCGAAAGAUUCGGACGAAGUCUUCGCCGCCGAGAUUCUCGCCGGGUGCCACGCCGGUUUCGAGCUCGUGGGAUUCGACGACGGCGCGCUGCGAGCCACCGUCUCGCUUCGCCUGUGCCUGGUCCUCGAACGUCGCGGCGACGUCGUCUCCGCGGCGCGCGUCGCCGAGGAGGCGACGCGCGCGAUGGACCAAGCGCGAAGAGCGCUCGUCGACGCCGCGGCGGGAUCGCCCGACGAAGCCGUCAGGCACGUCACCGCCGAGUGCGUCUGGCUCGGUUCCGCAGACGACGACGACGACGACAAAAAUGACGAAAAAAACGAUGCAACCGGUGACUCACCGGGCGGUGACUCACCGGUCGGGUUCGCUCGCGCGUCGACGUCGGAGACGGAACGCGCGCUCGCGGCGAUCCACGCGGACCUGCUCGCGGCGUACCAUCGACUGGCAAUCGCCGCCGGGAUGGAGGCGGAACGAGCGAGGUCCGACGCACUCGUCGCCGAGCUCACCGCUAUGAGCGAGCGUCGCACGCUCGAGUCCACCAUCUACGGCGUCAAGUCCGCGUGGGACUUGAAGCGGGAGACCCGCGCGUUGGAGCGCGCGGGGGUUUUGCCGCACGCGCCGGCGGCUUUGGAGGAGAGGCUCAUAGACGAAGCCGGGCGCAACCCGUGGCGACGAGCCGUCCUUCUCACGCAGAUGGCGGCGUCGAGGCCGAAGCGAGAGAACCGCGAGGCGCUCCUCGAGGAGGCGGCGGAGUCCUUAGUGGAAGGGGAGCGGAUAGAGCGCGAGCUUCACGCGGCGGCGACGCGGAAGGAGGAGACGACGACGACGACGACGACGACGAAGAGAUGGCUCGUGCCCCGCGCCCCGCGCGUGUUGACGCGAACCGACGUCUCCGUCACGCUCAUCCCGCCCGAGCUUCAGAACAGCCUGAGGAGCCCCAUACGCGGUCGCGAGCACCCGGAACCCGCGACGUUCGCCGUCCUCGCCAAGGUUCACACCUCCGGCAUGGCGCCGGGUCUGCACAACGUGGACCUGCCCGGCUCGGGGGUGCGACUACCCGCGGAUGGCUCGGUGAAGCGCGUCACCGUGACGGGCCUCACCCCGAACGAGUGCUACACGUUCUCGGUCGUCGCUUACGACGAGAACGGCGACGUCAUCGGCGGGCCGGGACUCGCCACCGACGGGAUAGUGUGCAUGCACCCGCUGCCCAGCACGACGCUCUGGUCCAACCUGGCGGUGGCUGCGUCCAGGCUCGGAUGCCUCGGGGUGGCGAAGCGAGCGGCUGGAACGGUUUCGAGGCGUUUUGUCAACACCCGCCGCCCCCCCAGGUUCUACUACGAAUCGCACCCGAUGAGCCUUCAGAGGCUUCGCGGCGACCUCAUGGCGGGUUCCACGUUCCCGACGAUGCGCGCGGUCGCGAGGUCGCUUCUCGUGGCGGCGGAAUGCGCGCUGGCGUCGAGGAUGCCCGAGAGGCCCGCGGGCGACCCGCCCGUACCGUUGUCCGUCCCCGAGGUUCAGGACCAGGUUUUCCGGUUGCGGUGCGCCAAGAAGAUUUUGAUGGCGAUGGAGCUCGCGCGGUACGUCGACGACGUGCCGCUGACGCAGGAAAUCGCGCUGCGCCUCGGUAACUGCCUGGCGCCGCUGCUGACGUCGAGCAGAAAGUCGCGACUGCUGGUGACGGCGCUGGCGCAGUGCGUAUCGCAACUGCGGGAUACCGGCGCGGCGCGCCACGGCGCCGUCGCGAGGCUCUCCGCGUCGCUGCUCUUCGAGCUGGCGUCCAUCGCGCGCGACGGCGGCGAGCGCGGGGUCUUGAGCGACGUCGCGACGCUCGCGCUGGACUCGCUCGAGGACGUCGACCUCGCGCCAAAUCCGGAGAGAAAAUCGCUCGAGCAGUUUCUCCUGUCGCUCCCCGAGUGGAAGGACCUCAGGUCGGACGCACUCGCGGAGCGCGUGGCGGCGGCGGAGUCGGAGUCCGCGUCCGACCCGUGCGCGGCGGUCCUGCCCAAGAUUUCGGUGGACGGCGCCAAAGCCGCGUUCGACGCUCUCGAGGGAAUCGGAGAGGAGAUUCACGCGCACGACGAGUACCUGCGCGCCUUUGCGAGGAUAGCGCGAGCGGCGGUUGCUCAGGGGUUGGACGCCGACCUACCUACCUGGACGGAUUCCGUGCUCGCAAAGUUCAAGGCUGCCACCGCGGUGGCGCCUUUGGAGUUUCCCGCGCCUCCCGACGAGGAGCCCGAUAUUGCGCUGCCCGAGGAGGAGGAAACCAGGGUGGCGGCUCUGGAAACCGCGGCGGAGGCGGCUGCUGAGACCUUGGCCGCCGCCGAGGAAACCCUCGCCGCCGAGGGCACCACGGACGAGGAUAAGGCGGCCGCGGAGGAGCGGAAGGCGGCCGCCGAGGCUGCGAAGGCGGCGGCGGACGGCGCGCGGGACGCCGCGAUGGCCGAGGCUGUUCGUCGCGAGAAGGCUGCCAGGACGCUGACGAGGAAGUUGCCGCCGAUGUUUGCCAGGCGAAACGCGAAACUGGCGGCAAGGCCCGUGAUCGCCUCCAACUCCCCGUGGCACGCCGAGGUGCACACCACCCUCGGACUCGUCAAGCACGAACGGGCGGAGGAUACGGUACGCGCGGAGGGUCUCCCGAACGUACCCGAGGAGGCGGCGACCAACGAAGCGGCGGAGCCCGAGCCCGCCGCCGCCGCCGACGCCGCCGCCGCCGACGCCGAGCCCGAGACCGACGCCGAUGCGGAGGCUUCACCGCCGCCGCCUCCUCCCCCGCCCGCGCUCGACGCGAUGCGAUCAUUCGCGCGGGGCGUCGAGCUGGCUUCCAGGGUGGGCGCGCACGGCCGCCUGAUGAACGCCGCUCGCGCCAUGCACACGCUCGCGAGGUCGCCGUCGUGCGGCUUGAACGCGGAUCGACGAUUGGCCAAGAGCGGCGGCGCCGGCCUCCUCGCCGUCGCCGCUGCUCGGCUCGUCGAGCACCUCGAGAAGCUCCGCGUCGGGACGGUGGACGAGUCCCCGAUUGUCGCGGUGGACGGCGGCGCGACGAGGGCGCCUGUCGACGACGAGGGCGAUCGGUUAAGGGAGGAGCGACGCGCGAGGAUCGUCGAGGCGCAGCCGCCGAGGGAACGCGACCCGCCGCCGCCGUGGUUCGCGCACCGACCGGGCGUCGCGCCGGAGUUUUGCCUCCGGUUCGUCGUCACCGCCGCCGAGGCGUGCGCCGCCGCCGGUAUGAACCACAGGGCGAUUGAUCUCGCCGUGGGAAUCGCCGAGGUUCUCGGGACCGCCGACGCCGCCGCCGCCGCGAUGCCGAUCGCCGUCGCCGCCGCUCGAGACGUCGCGGAAUCGCUCCCGGAGGGUAUGCUGGAAGGUCUCGAGAAGAGCGCGCGCGCGGCGCUCGGUGCCCGGCCCAAGCCCGUCGCGGCGCUCGCCGACGCCCGAGCCCUCGCGUCCAUCGACGCCGCCGAGUACGCGAGAAGGGGCCCGGCGACCCGGACGCUUCGCCGCGCCACCGCCCAGGACCUGGAGCGAAACUUUUCGCUGUUUUGGAACGGAAUUAACGAGCCGGAGUCGUCCGCCGCGUAUUUCGGCGCGGAGAUCACCCUCCCGCCGUGGAAAACCGGGCUCCUUGAAACCGGCACACCCUCCGCGUGGAAACCGCCUGUUGGCUCCACUCCGUUGGCGCACGGCGACGCGGUGGAGGCGGCGUACGCGCGCGCGGUCGCGACGGCGAGGACGGACAACGACGCCGACGUCGUCGCGCAGGCGCUCCUCGAACUCGGAGAUUUCAAGGCGCUCACCGGGCACCCGACGGCGGCGGCGUUCCACUGGAGCGCGUGCGUCGACCAAAUAACCGGAUGCUACCGCGCGGUUACCACCGCGGGCGCAUCCGCGGUGCCCGGGGACCCGGAGGCGUGCCUCCGAAGGUACGGCUUGUGGGGGUGUCUGCGGGGCGCGCAAGCCGCGGCGCGGCUCGCGUCGCUCGGAUCUGUCCGACGCGCGUCCGACGGCGGCGGCUCGUCCGACGGCGUCGGCUCGGUGAUGCUCGGUAACGGUCACAGGAUCGAGGCGGCGAGGAUCUCCGCCGCGUUAUUCGCCGCGCCGUUCGCGUCCACGCUCGCGCACUCGCCCAGGGCGGUCGACAUCGUGUCCGGUCGCCGAACGCCGCCCGCGCAGCUGUGGGACGGCGUCGACGCGCACGGGUCGGAUCCGUUUCGAUUCGACGCGAGGGCGGCGUGCGAUUUCGCGACGGACGUCGGAGAACUUCUCGUGGCGUCCGGACGGUCUCUGGAAGCACUUCCGCCGCUCGCGGUCGCCGAGCACCUCGCCGCGCACGCGCUGAGGGACGCGAGGGCGUGCGCGAGGGUUCGGUGCGCGCAGGCGGCGGCGCUCGCGGGGGUGGGUCGAUUCGACGCGGCCGGGGAGAAAAUCGACGGCGUACUCGCCGGGGACUCUUUGCCGUCUACAUCCACCGGACCCGACGGCAGGGUGGUUCGCGACGACGCCGGCGCGGUGGUGACGCGCCGGGAGGCGGGCGGAGAGAACGCGGAGAGAAUCGCGACGUUCGACGUGUCCGCGGGCGUCGGGGCGGAGGCGAACAAGGCGGCGAUUGAGCGAGUCGCGGCGGGGGAGAUGCCCGACGCCGUCGCCGAGUUAUACGGCGAGGAAGUUUGCGCGGAGCUCUCGCUCGUGCGCGCGCGCUGGCUCACCGCGCUCGCGACGCCGCUCGCGGUGUGGCGCGGGGACGACGCGGACGCGGUGACGGGCGAGCCGAUCGCGGAGCCGGACGGUUCCGUCGACGCGAACGUCCGGGACGAUGUACUGGCUCGAGCCGAGAAGAUUUUGACCGAGCUGGCCGAGUCGACGCUCGCGGCGGUCGCCGCCGCCGCCGCCGCGGAGCAGGAACGGAUCGAGGCGCGCAGGGCGAAGGCGGCGGAGGCCCGCGAAGCUCGCGAGGCGGCGCGCGCCGAGAAGGAGGCUUCCGAGAAGGCUGAACGCGAAGCCGCCGCGGCGGCGGAGAAGGAGGCGAGGGAGAAAGCGGAGCGGGAGGAGGAGGAGGCGUACGAACUCGCGGGUCCUUACCCCAUCGCCGUCAAAAAACCACCACCCGCGGAGGAUCCCGACGCCGCGGGAGCCCCCGGCGGUGGCUCCGACGCGGAGAACGCGGAUCCCAACGCCGCAGACGGGACGGGACGGGACGAGAAAGAGCCCGAGGAUGCGGGGCGGACGGAAGGGGAACCGCCGCUCCAUCCCGACCCCGACCUCGACCUCGACGUCGAGGAGGAGGACGUCGUCGCCAAGGAGGUUGAAGAGGGCGAGACGCGGCGGGUCAUCAGCCCCUGGCUGUGCGCGACAUCCUCGCAGAUGAGCAUCCUCGCGCGCGCCAAGGCGUCGCUCGCGGAGGUUCUCCGCGCCAGGAACCGACCCAAAGCCGCCUUUGACGAAGCAACCGCCGCGGCUCGCGAGCUCGAAGCCAUCGGCGACGGUCGCCCCGAGGGGGUGGCGCCCAACGGAGCCGCCGCGUCGAAGGCCCGGGACGCGCUCAGAGCCGUCGCGCACGACCGCGGCUCGCACGCGCUCUGGCUGGACCUCCGCGCGGAGUGCGCGCUGUGCCUGCUGGAGCUCGGGCACCUCGACCGGUGCCGCGAACUCGCCGCCUCGUGCGCCGCCGCCGCCGAGCACCUCGGCGCGACGGACCACCGAAGGCUCUUUCGAUACGUCGCCGCGCGAGCCGCCGCGACCGCCGGCGACGUCGAAACCGCGCUCGCCUCGUACGACGCGACGCUGCGGGAGAUGACGACGCCGCAGACGCCGGGUGGGGACGGAUCGCCGCCCCCGACCCCCGAGUUUCUCGCGUCAGUCGCGGGGACAACCGCCGAGCUCUUACUCCGACUCGGCGACGCGUCCGCCGCGGAGGCUCGGCUCGAACCCGCGACGGCGAUUACGCGCGCCCACGCCGACGCCCUCGGGCUCGCGCAGUCCCUCCUGUACCCCGACGCGCGGAGCGUGCACAACCCCGCGGUCGGGAUUCUCGUCGGGCUGCUCCUCCUUCGCGCCCACGCGGUUGUCAACUCGCCCGGUCGCCUCGCCGAGUGCGCCGCGCUCCUCGACGAAGCGUCGUCGCUGUGCGGGUCGCACACCGCGGCGACGGACGCGAGGACGCACGCGACGAUCGCGAUGCUCCGGGGACACGCACUCGCGAGGAUGAGCGGGCGGGACAAAGGCACGUACGCCAAGCGUACAGAGGCGGAGGCGUCGCUGACAAAGGCGCUCGCGUGGGCGUGUUCGCCCGGCGCCGCGCACGAUCGACGGCUGAUUCGCGCGUGCCUGCUCGAGCUCGCGUCUAUACUGGUCCCGGUCGCGGAAGCCGAAGCGGCGGGUGUGGGCGACGGCCCGCCCGCGGCGUCGCCGGACGACGCCAAGGCGACCGCGCGGGUCGUGGCGUGCCUGCGACACGCGGCCAAGGCUGCGAAGAUGCGCGACGCGUUUGAGCACGAAUCACGAUUCUUCGCCGACGCCGCGACGUCGACGAAAUGGCCCGCGGGGCUGAGCGAAGCCGUCGCGGAGGAGGAGGCGGCGAGGGAGGCUACACCCGGGCGCGCCAAGCUCGACGGCGCGGACGCCGCGCAGGCGAGGCUCGCGGUCGCGUCCUUCGUCAGGCUGGUUGGGAGGUUGCCCGCGAUUGGGUGUUUCGCCCCCGGCGCGCGGUCGGCGAGGGAAAUCGCCGCGGCGACGCACUCGGCGCUUGCGGGUUCGUGCGACGCGUACAAGCAGCGGUGUUGCUUCGCCGAAGUCCCCGCGCUUCCCCCGGGCGUGAACGUGGACGCGGACGUGGACGCGGACCUCCCGUCGGGCGGGGACGGGGCGCGAGAAGGGGACGCGUCAUCGCCCGUCGCGAGGGUGGUUGAGGUGGGCGCGGUGCACGCGCAGUGGAUCGAACCCGCCAGCGAACCCCCGGGUUUCGCCCGAGCGAAAAAGUCUGGGCGACCGGUUUGUCUGAUCUUCGUCGUGAGCUCGGGCGACGAGGCCGUCGCGGCCGUCGCGGGCGAGGCGAGCUUCGACGUCAAGGAGGUCCGCGCGAUGCAGCGCGAGGUGAAGACGAUGCGCAAGGAGCUCAAGGACGCGGGAGAGGCGGGCGUCGAGAGGGCGAGGUUGGAUGCGUUUUUGAGGAGAUUCGCCGACUUUGUCGAGGGACCGCCGCCGCCGGAUCCGAAGCGAGCGAGGUCUAGGAGCCCAGUCCCCACCCCGGACCCCGAGGACCCCACCGGGGGCGAGGGCGAUGGCUAUGGCGACGGUGAGGGUGAUGGUGGCGUGCCUCCCGCGGAGGAGGCGACCGCGGAUGCGGCUGUGGACGAGGCGCCGCCGCCGAUGACGACGGCGGAGGACGUCUCGCUGCUAUCGGCGCUGGAGGCGUUCGCGUCGCCCGACGGCGGGUACUGCGGCGUGAACCCCGCGCUGUGCGCGAUCCUCCACCCGGCGCUUGCCAAACGACGGGCGAGCCGACCGUAGGCGCGGGGCGGCUGCGAAAAUCUGGUACCUUCGAAGGUACAUCGUACUUAGACUAAUUAAUCCUAUGGUUGUUCCAACCCG